AUGUUAGCUGUUAUUUACUACUCAAAUAAUAUUCUAGUUGCCAGAAAAUUGUAUGAUUAUAUAUUGGCAUUAAUUAGUUGUCGUCAAUGCUAUAAACGAGCAAAUAUAGGAGGUAGAAAACUAAAUUUUAGUGGGUUUGAAAACAUG